UCAGCCUGGAUAUACUUAUAAGAACUCAAUGUGCACCCAUGCUGCAGAGGACUGGUGAUACCAAUAUUAAUGAUCUGUUGAGCACUUUAGGGUAGGAACCUUAUAGUUGGGUCAUAGGCAUCCUUAUGGCAUAUUAUGGGGCUGAUUACCAAGUAAGUAUGGCUUUCAGUCUUAGAUGCUGAUUCUUGUAGCAUCCCCCAGAUCCAGACAUGUGUUGGUUAGUAAGGUAGCAGAGAAUAGUCUCUGAUUGCUUCUGUGUUUUGUUCCUUUGUUUAUUAUUAAGGGGGAUUAGAUAACCAACCCACAAUAAAGUUUCUCGUAGGAUGGAUAGACUUAGAUUGUUCCGAAUAGAUAGACCUAAAUAGUAUUGUUCAUUUCCUUCAUCCCACAUUCAUGCUGCAAAUAUUGUUUAUGGCAUGCCCUGCUGCUGCAACCCUUGCAUAUCUGCAUUUCCCCUUGUCUAGCAGGAUACUGGCUCAGGCCUGUUCCAUGGGCUGAGAUGGAGAGGAAUCGUCUCCCCCAAUUUUCUCUUCGAUUAUUUUAAGCUCAGACAGGGCCAAUGUGAUCCUUCAGCCUUAGACUCAUAAGGCAUCUGGCAUGUGCCCAGUUACAUAGGACGCUGUAGUAUACUGAGUCAGACCAUUUGCCCAUCUAUCUUGGUAUUGUCUACAUUGACCGGCAGCAUCUCUCCCAGAGUUUCUGGCGGGGAACAUUCCCAGCCCUACCACAGAUGCUGGGGAUUGAACCCGGGACCUUCUGCAUGCAAAGCAGAUGCUCUGCUGCUAAGCUAUGGCCCUUCUAGUUCUGCUUCAGCUUCCCUUCCACGGCAGUCAACUCUGCUCCUGCUACGCUUCGCCUGCUUGAGACUUCUCCCCAUUGGAUUGCUUGUUGGGUGUGGCUGACCUGUUCUCUGUCUUCCCUCUUUUUUCGCGUGAGGAUGCCCCCGGACAGGAGAUCUCUUCUGAUAACCCGUCUGCAGUGCCAUCACCCAGGCACCAAAUAGGUGACUGUGUGCUGGAUGGAAGAGACACCAGGGAAUAACAAGAAGUCCCUCUCUCCCCAGGCUGAGCACGCAGGCAUCCGGACUUACUUCUUCAGUGCAGAGAACAACGAGGAGCAGGAAUCCUGGAUUCAAGCCAUGGGCGAAGCUGCCCGGGUGCAAAUCCCACCUGCUCAGAGGCACGAGAAGACUGAUUCUGAGAACAUCCCUCCCAGCAGGAACCACCAGCACCACCACCACCGCAGUGUCCCUACCAGAGAGGCUGCCAAAGCUGAGCCAGAAGCCAAGACCAGAGGCGAAGGAGACGGGCGUGGCUCUGAGAAGAUUGACAGGAAAACAGAGCGAGCUGAGAGCAAGAAGGAGCCUCUGGUGAAAGCCAAUGGCAUUGGCAGCCAAGAAAUGCCCUCUGAACCCGGAAGCCCUUAUCCUGACGCUUCCCGCCUCCCUGCUGGAGUGGAGAGGCCCACUCAGCCAAAUGGCUGGCAGUACUCAUCUCCUAGCCGGCCAGGCAGCAUGGCCUUCCCACAGCACGAUGGCGAGAGUGCUAUGCCUCGUCGGAGUUUUGCUCCGCGCACCAAUCCUGAGAAGAUUGCCCAGAGGAAGAGCUCCAUGACACAGCUGCAGCAGUGGGUGAACUUGCGCCGUGGGGCUCCACCUCCUGAGGAUCUCCAUAGCCCCACCAGGUUCUACCCGAUGUCCCGAAGAGUCCCUGACUACUAUCCCCCCUACUCACCUCAGUACUCUGAAGAUUACCAAUACUACCCUCCUGGGGUGCGUCCCGACAGCAUCUGCUCUAUGCCUGCCUUUGAGCGUGUCAGCCCUCAGUGGACUGUCGACGACAAGCGCCACUCCUUCCGCAACAGCGGCUCCUACCAGCUGCGGGACUGGAAAGAGCAGCCAGGCUACGGCAGGCAGGACGUUCCCAUCUGGAUGUCAGGCCCGACCCGCCCGCCCGUGUACUAUGACGAAAUGGAUGCCGCCUCAGGCUCCUUGCGCAGGAUGUCCCUCCAGCCUCGCUCCCGGUCGGUCCCCCGCUCGCCGAGCCAAGGCUCCUACACCCGAGCCAGAGUGUACUCCCCUGUCAGGUCGCCGAGUGCCCGUUUUGAAAGAGUGCCUCCCCGGAGUGAGGAGAUUUAUGCGGAGCCGACGACAUACAUGAUGAGGCGAUCGGUCAGUUCACCAAAGUAUGAUUAUCUGGGUGACAGGAGGCCUGUCCCUGCAGGAAUGUUCCCCUUCAACUAUCCAGCAUCCCCUACGGUCCACGACAAAAUGGAUGAACUUUUAGACCUUCAGUUGCAAAGAAACCUAGAGUAUUUGGAUCAGCAGAUGAGCGAGAGCGAGACUUUGAUCAGUAUGGUGAACAGAAUGGUGGAGAGCUCUUCCCCUAGGGCUCAACUGUACAUGCAAGUGUCUCAUUUCCCUGAAGCCUAUAGAGAGUCACUGCACACCUACAAGAUAAGCGAGCAAGAUACAGAUAAGCUCCUGGGAAAGCUCUGUGAGCAAAACAAGGUGAUGAGGGAACAGGAGAGGCUGGUGCAGCAACUUCGUGCAGAGAAGGAAAGUCUGGAGAGUGCAUUGAUGGGGACACACCAGGAGCUAGAGAUGUUUGGGAGCCAACCAGCCUACCCUGAAAAACUGCUGCACAAGAAGGAAUCCCUCCAGAACCAGUUGAUCAAUAUUCGGGUGGAGCUGUCCCAAGCCAGCACGGCUUUGGCCAACAGCACCAUAGAAUAUGAGAACCUGGAGGGUGAGGUGUCAGCCUUGCAUGAUGACCUGUGGGAACAACUGAACUUGGACAUCCAGAAUGAAAUGCUCAACCGGCAAAUCCAGAAGGAGAUCUGGCGGAUCCAGGAUGUGAUGGAGGGGCUGAGGAAGAACAACCCAUCUCGGGGCACAGACACAGCAAAGCAUAGGGUAUCCCUUGGCCCAUCUGGAACCUACAGCUCCAACAGCCCAGCCAGCCCUUUGAGCUCAGCCAGCCUCACCAGUCCCCUGAGCCCUUUCUCUCUUGUGUCGGGAUCCCAGAGCUCCCCUACUAAGCAAGGCAGCAACGAGGAGCCCGGUCCACCUCGACCUCCCCUCCCCAAAUCAUAUGUGCCCUUGGAAUCUCCUCCGACUGUCCCUCCGCUCCCUACCGAAAGCCGCCUCUGGCCGUAUCCUAACUCCCCUUCCUGGCAGCAAAGCAGCGAGGCGAAGAGGGGACAGUCCAAGUCCAGCUUUGAGCAGAACAAGAAGGACCAUCACCGGACGUCAGCCUCAAAUUCUGCUGUAGAGGCUGGUCUCUUGCAGACAAGGCAAGACCCGGAUGCUGAUAAGCAAGUUGCUCUCAACAAAGUUGGCAUUGUUCCCCCAAGGACCAAAUCACCCAUGGAUGACGACACCAUCCCCAUGUCAGGUGUGGUGCGGAGGGGUGCCAGCAACUUAGCCAAUGGGCUGAAUGCCCGGGACAGACCAAAGAGUGCAGUAUUUUCGAAUGAAAUGAAGGCAAAGAUGAGCGUAGAGGAGCAGAUUGAUCGCAUGAAGCGCCACCAAAGUGGUUCUAUGAAGGAGAAGAGGCGGAGCUUGCAGCUUCCAGCCAAUCAGCAACAGGCAGACAGCCUUCUCUCUAAAGCACCUGCCUCUUACAAAGUGGUGCGCAGACAUCGCAGCAUCCAUGAGGUGGACAUAUCUGAUCUGGAAGCAGCGUUACGCUCUGAGGACUCUGGAAGGAUGUAUGAGACUCCUCGGGAGGAGAUUGCACGUCUGCGCAAAAUGGAGCUGGAGCCAGAGCAUUAUAAUGUGGACAUCAGCAAGGAGCUUUCCACCCCAGACAAAGUCCUCAUCCCAGAAAGGUACAUUGAGCUGGAACCUGAUACUCCACUGAGCCCAGAGGAGAUGAAGGAGAAGCAAAAGAAAGUGGAGAGGAUAAAGACGCUGAUUGCCAAAUCCAGCAUGCAGAAUGUGGUCCCCCUCAAUGAGGGAGAAGUGGACGUGACCCAGGACCCAGAAACCCAGUUGCAGGAACAGGAGAAGCGAAUAGAGAUCUCCUGCGCCUUGGCUGCAGAAGCCUCCCGACGGGGCCGCAUGCUCUCAGCUCAGUGUGCCACCCCGAGCCCUCCCACCUCCCCAGCCUCCCCGACUCCACCGACCAAGUCCCUCUCGUCUGAUUCAUCCCAGGGCGGCGACAGCCAUUUUAUGCGUGUCUGAGCCAUAAACACAGGCCCUGGCUGCUGUGAAUGCUGUGAAGUUCCACGGAGCCACGUUUUAACCCACGGCGUCUGCACCCCAACCACUGAACAACGUGCGUGGUCAUUGUUAGGGUUCUCUCGGCACACCCAUCUCCUUCGGUCAAGCUGCGGAAACUUUUCGGGAAAGAAUAGCUGCCAUCAAGGGAGAGCAGGGAUGGCAUUUGCCUUUGUCCCAUUUCCUCCUGCCCCACUGCUGCUGCUGCUGCUGAUAUGGGCUGUACCAACUGCCCACAGUUCAGCAGGCUAUAGUGCAGGAGCCGUUUCCAUUCUUGCCAGACAGGUCCUCUGUGUCAGGUGCAGCAGACUCCCAAGGCUAAGGACUGGCAGCAAAAGAACAGCUGUGUCUCGGCAAAGAGGCAGCACUGAGCCAGAAAAGGGAUGCUGGCAACAAGAAUGGGAGGUGAUGUAGCUCAUCUCCUGGAGCUGUAUAGCCUGCAAGUGCCGGCAGCAGGGAAGGAAGGUUGUGUGAAGAAUGACUUUGUAUCUGCAGCCAGGGAAUUCAUAACCCUCUACUGAAGUGAGCACUAGAUGUUUCUUCUCCUCCUCCUUCUCCCCCCUUAUACACACACACACACACACACACACACACACAGCCCUUUGGUCUCUCCUCUGCCAACCAGAAUGGCUUUUAGCAUCUUUCGCCUGUGGAGCUAAGCAACCCGUGCACGGCCACGCUUCCCUGCUUAUGCUCACAGCCUUUCACAGGAAAAGGAAAGACAGCAAGGAAGCACAAGUGGACGGACAGAACUUUGUGGAUGUGGCAGAAGACAGAAGGUUGACUGUGUGGGGACCCAAAGCGGCUUUGGAAUCUUGCUAGGGUUGUGAGGAUGUUGCUGUGGCUGGGAUGGGCCGGCGUUUUCUUCUUUCCCAAGCUUAGGGGUUGGGUGGAUGGAAUGGAAGGUGCGGGCAAUGUAUGUGGACGUGUUUUAGGGGUGCGGGCGGAAGAUAUAAUGGGGGAGGGAAGAUGUUAGAAAAGCUUAGUUGGCUGUGAUUCGCCACUAGGUGAAGCUUUAAUGCUUUCUGCAACCCAGAGAGGUUGUCUUUUAUCUGUAGGGAAAGAAAAAACAAAACUGGGACUGGAUGGGUGACAUUUCUUCUCACAUCACAGCCAAUUUGGGAGAGUGCCACUGAGCAUUUUCCUCCUGGCUUCUCCGGGGCUUCAAGUAAUAGGAUCAAAACUGUGUGCUGGAUAGAUCACUGUGUUCACCAAGCACUUGUCGCUUGCACCAUCAGGUACUGCUGAUGAAAACUGGAUAGGGGACUAGAUGGAAUAUAGAUCUGAACUAGACUGGAUGGGCCAUGAAUCAGCCUCCAUGGAAUGUGUGAAGCAAAACUCUCCUGGCUACUGGAGGAGGGGAGGAGGGGGGACUGAAGCAAGACCUCUGAUGUUCAUUAUGUAUCCUCUUGCUUUAUUCCCCACCACAACAGCUUGUAGGCAGUGCUUUUUUCUAAAAAAAAAUGUUUAGGAGUACUCUUAUUUUCCUACUCAUAUUGAAAUGCUGCCCCUCAAUGAGGCCAAACUUAGAUUCACAAACUGUUUAGGGGUAUCUGUUCCCCUGCAUCCCCCCAGAAGAAAAGCACUGCUUGUAGGUGAUUUGGAAGUAGAGUUCUCUCUCAAACACAGACGCCUGCAGCCUUCAUCAAUCUCCUCUCUGAAGGGUGCAGUAAUCAUUGCCGUGACCUUUCAGAGCAAUUGAGCUCGUAUAUUAAGAGCAUAGGACUAGUGAUGCACCUGCUCCAAGCUCAGACCACCUCAAAUGAGCCCUCAUUAGUUUCUCAAUAGUUUGAGAGCAGAACCAGCUCAGAAUAGAGAUUGGCCAGAGGUGCAGGCAAAGAGAGAGGACUUGGCAGACCUCAAGAAAUACCAACCAAACCUCUCUUGAAACGUAUUCAAACAGUGCUGAUUCAUACCUAGCCAGGAAUGAGGGUCUAAAUUGGACCUUCUUUCACCCUGCAGUUGUCUUCUGAAAGGGGACAUACCUGGUAAGGCUUAUCUGAAUAUCAUUUAGGGCUGAGGUAGUCAACUUCCGUGCUCUCGGAGGAUGCUUUCUUCUCUAGUGAUCCAUGGGCUGGACAUAUAUUUCACCACACAACCUAGACCUUUUUAACAGUAGUCAAGCUCUGCAUUAAAGCUGGCACCAACUUGCAAUAAGGGCUUUGCAGUUCUGCAGCAUAGCACUCAGGCGUGGAUAGGGCAUUGCACAGCAAACCCAGAGAGAUGUAACAUUAAAGCAUGGGCUGCCUCACACCACAGCUUUUGGAAAGAAUUUUACUUCUACUUGGACCCUGUGGGCCAAAGUUUUUACACUCAAAAUAUUGUUGGGCCAUCAUGAGGCACAUGAAAUUGCUUCAUACCAAAAAUAAGGUCAAGCUGGACAAAGUCUUCCCAAACUGGUUCCUUCAUUCUGUCUCAAAUCUUUCUGAAAGAAACUCAGAUUGUUCUAACUCUAGCUUAGAACACAAAAAUGCAGCUGGCUUUUCUUUUUUUAAUUCCCUUGAGCUGGAUUUUCAGAUGGGGUCUUGGUUAUUUUGUUUUUGUUUUUAAAAAGCUGGAUUCCCAUUCAUUCAAUGUUUUGUUUGAUUGUUUCCUUGAAGGGUUGACACUUUAGAUUGAGAUUCAACUUCUAGGUGGCAAUUUGGUUGAUUUGAAAUGCUUAUACAUUCACCAAAAAAGUUAGCAACUUCAUUCUGGACCUGGCUUUAUCAUAAGCAUGUCCAUAAAUGUAUUUAUGAGUUUUAGUGAAACGUGCAUCAAAACUGGGGGAUCUUUUUCCAUAUUUAUUGGAGCAAUACUGCUGUGGCUUCUAAAAUCUGCCAUUCUAAAACCAUAUAAUCAAGGCUGAUGGAGACUGAACAUGAGUUAGUUUUCUGAGAUAAUGCUCAAGCUACAAGGCGGGCUGAUCUCCCACCCCUUAGGUCAUGGUGCUCUUAGAUAUUGUUUCUAGAAGGUUUGGGAGCAGAGAGGAUGAUUUGACCAGAGAGAGAGAGAGAGAGAGAGAGAGAGAGAGAGAGAGAGAGAGA